GACUCCCUGGAGUCCUGGACGCGCGCAUCUCGAAGUUAUCGAGCCCAUCUCAUCCACUGGUUGGCCAGGCGAUCGGAGUAGCCGAACGGGGCGAGCCCCAUCCUCCGCCGUGUCCUGCGGGGACUUUUCUCGGUGUAAGGCAAUUAAAUCGGAGGUUCCGCACGGACGGGUAACAGCGACUUUUCAUUAGACGCAGGGUCCUGGGAGAGAGCACGUCACCCGCAGCAGCGGCAGAGCAUCAUCAGCAGUGAGGGAAAGAAGUUGGUCAAGAAGAGGCGUCGAGGCAGCCCAAGACAUCUGCUGCUGUCGAGUCAAGGAAGAACAUUCAGUCAGACAAGCCUUCUCGUUCAGCAAGCAUCGGUUGGUACCAUUCAUCCAAACAAGGACCAACUUGGGUAGAAUCUCAUCUCCAAACUGACAACCACUCAACUCUUUGGAUAUAGACUGUAGCACGACAACUUCCUUGCACCGCUGACGUGUACUGCUUUGGGGUCUGCUUCCCGACCACCCGUCCUCUUAGACAAACACCACUUCUCCCUACUCGGACCGCGGGAACCCCUGCGGGCCAUAAACCAGCUCCAGCCUUGCGGCCACGGGACCCCGGGAUCAGACGGCGUACGGGAGCCUUCGCCCCAACCCAGCCCAAGCUGGUAUUGACCUGACAGAAGGCAGGCCGUGCCAAGCUCUAUUCAUCAUCGAAGUUUGCAACACUGCUGACUCGGCGGGACAGCUAGACAGCCGUUCACUGCACAGCAAGGGCAAUAAAAUCCUAAGGGUCACAAAUCAACGGCUCUGAGCCCAGAUACGAGACAAAUGAGCUCAUACUUCACACACUCUUUGUCGACGGCCGAUUUCCACCAUGGGUCGGAUUACCCAUCGGCUGCAACGGUACAGGGUUACUCCCGGCAGGCCCCCCACUACCCAGCCAACAGCACGCCGGUUAACUACAGUUACAGCAGCUACGGGGCGUCGCAGUUGGAGGGCAGUUUCUACCACAUGGACCGGACACCGUCCAUGGAGCCCACCGUGCCGCUGACGCACCCGCAGAGUUCGCCCGUGUCCGGCGUGACGGCCACCACCACCUCGGCGGCGUACAACCGCUGCCCGAGCCAGCACGGGACGGGAUCUUCCGGGGCCGCGGCGGCAGCGGCGGCCUGCAUCAAGAUGACCAGUCAGAACCUGAGCGGGGACUGCGCCAAAUCGGCAAUGAAGGCGGCGCAAACAGCUCGGCAACCGGAGCAGAUUUACCCCUGGAUGAGAAGAAUCCAUUCCAACACGGCAGUUAGCCAAACAAAUGGCCUGGAACCCAGCAAGCGGUCACGAACGGCAUACACGCGUUACCAGACCCUGGAGCUGGAGAAGGAAUUCCACUUCAACCGCUACCUGACGCGACGGCGACGCAUCGAGAUCGCCCACGCUCUGGGCCUGACGGAGCGGCAGAUCAAGAUAUGGUUCCAGAACCGCCGCAUGAAGUGGAAGAAGGAGCAUAACGUCAAGAGUAUCUCGCAGUUGAUGAGCCAGGAGGCGGCCGCCGCCGCGGCUGCCGCAGCCGCGGCCGACCACCAGUCCCUGCGCUGACUCGAUCAACCGAAAACUUAACUGCGAAAUCUCUCGGACGCCUGACCCCACAGGAGGUUGUUUACGUUCCUGCGGACCCCCGCCACGAGUGAGACAUUUUGACACGCCGUGAGCGUUCCCUCUAGGCCUUUCCUCCGGGCCGCUGAUGAGGUUGAGACAUCGUACUUUUGUUUACAGCCGUGCAGGCACUGAUAUAAUGAAUUAAAAGCCUGUACGGAAUUGGAGUAAACUGACGGAGGCUUGGACGAUACAGAGACCAAGUGUAUUUUUGUUUAUACAGUGUCAUUCUCCUUCUUGUUUUAUAUCUUCCUCCGAGAAGACAGGCUUGACAUCAGGAUCAGUAAGAGUUAGUUAUUUGGGGGGCUUUUAAUUUGUUUUGUAGCGCUGUGAAUAUAUUGCCAUCAUAUGCUCGAUAUUUAUUAGUAACUAAACGAGUCCAACUUCUCACUGGGCUGCAUUCGGACGUCACAUCCUGCGCAUGUCCUUAUGUCCCCCCUCCAUCUUUGAGACAUCUUGUUGUUUUGUGCAAUACCAUUCGCCAAAGAUUACAGAAAACUGAGCUGACAGUUUCUUUGAAUUGAAACAAAUAUACACCAUUUCGUUACUGACUCACCUUCAUCUGGAAGAUUGUUAUGAUAUUUUGAGGAAUAGCAGAGGAAUUUCGUUUCAUAUCUUAGCCGGAUAAGACCAUAGCACCAGAAAUAUUUUCUGGAUUGGGCGAAGGCUGUAAUCAUGUGGGUCGCAGGGUCCAAGGAGGGCACCUGCCCCAGGAAAACCAGAAGAGUAUUACUGAGGUACAAGAAACAAUGAAAAUGGGGAAGGGGGGAGGGGAGACAGUUGCCUGGUUUCAUUAUAAGGCCUCAGAACUGAUACCCUCUAGCUACUGUGGAGCGCAUUUCGACCAACAGUGGGGGGGGGAUCCUUGCGACACGAAUGACGAUAACAACCGGAUUGCACACUGCGUAAAACAGAGGUGGUAUGCUGUUUCGAUCCAAUUAAUUAAAGUGAAAAUUCUGCUGACUUGCCAAGUGAAGUUCCCCGAAACUGUGGUCGGUUGAUUAUUCUUAGGCAAGAGGUUGGGUGAUGAUUGCCCGUUUAUCGUGUGUAGUUUGUGAAAUUGCACAUUUUUGUUUUUACUUGCUUGCUUGCUUGAUGUGUGUUUGAUUUCUUAGCUACUGCAUUCCAUGAACGAUGAACAAGCUUAUAUCAUGCCAACAACAAACGUUGUGAUUAUUACAUGAAACAUACAACUUCUGAUCAUGCAUAAUGUACUACCUACGAGUACAAGCUAAACGUUUACAUGUCUUGCUAAUUUACUCUAAAUUGCUGGUCGAAAUUAUCAGUUUUGUGUAACAUUUGUAUUAUUUACGGGGUCAUUACCAUGGGAAAAGCAUCCAAAGGGUACUGAUCAAACCUAAUCAUUUAUCACCUCGCUCCAUUAUACGGUUUGAUUAAUUCCACAGAAACUGGCCCAUUGACUAUACCACGACUGGUGGAUCUAACUGACCAUAAUAUCGUAUUGUCAGGUAUUUCCAGUCCAGAUCUUUCUGGAAUAAUGAAGAAAAAUCAUAAAGCUGUCUGCAUUAUGCCACUUAUUAAUUUUUACCAUUUCGGACACGUGGGUACUUAUUAUUAUUUUUAAAAAUCUUAAUGUAUAACAUUGCAUUUGUUGCUUUACUGUAAAGAGAAUGAAAGAAAAAGCAGUGUUAAUAAUCUACCCAUUCAACCGAUAUCAAAUUAAUCCACGUACUGCCUAUAUUGAGUCCAAUUUUAGAACAUUUUAGAAGCAUUUGCUCAGUAUUCUAGGCAUCAAAAUUGGCAGGAAAUUGAAGUGCAUUUGACAUUUUUUUUCGGCGUAAUAGAAGGUGCAAAAACACUCUCUGGGACUAUUCAUGCGUGGCCACGGAGGCCGACAAUAGCCAUGCCACCGCAGCACUCCUACGUGUACUGCAGCCGAAUGUGGUGACUGAACGAACAAUACUGCAGUUGAAAAUCCACCUGUUAUGACGAGUCAAACUAGUCUCUGUUACAUUUCAGGGUGUGCCACGCCUUCGGCUUUAAAACGGGAAAAGUGACAGAGUCCCUGAUAAAGAUUGCCCCUGCCACAAGACACACCAAACAUGACUGUAAAAACUCGAAGGAAAUAAAUGCUUGGACUGGACGUGAUGGCACACAACCUAGACAAAGUAUCCAAUCAAGUUCUAGGGACUAUUACUCGAGAAUUCUAGAUGAGUUUCAAACCGUCUGGUUCUGUUUAUAGCAGGUUGAAUCGAGGAACUAAAGUACCAUGCAACUUCGCGUAUGUACUUGAACGCACGGCCCAAGUCCCAAGUCGGGUCUUGGUGUUUUUUUAAUUGUCCCUCAAAACUGACCUGGGGUUUAUGUCCAGGUUGAAUUUCUUGAUACUCAACUCUUACGCCUUAAGUUCAGGCGGUAUGUCCUAACAUUAAGGGAGUGUCCAUCGAGGCCAUAAAUUGUUGGAAACCAAAUAGUUUGUCAUUUUGCUAACCCUGAGAGAUGCUCGUUCACUAAACGUGUUCGUCUUUAUUUCGGAUAACAUUGUUUUCACGAGGAGGUGAAUCCUUGAUCAAGGCUGAAAUAACGUGUUUGCUCAAUAAUUCAAUCUUGUAAAGUACUGCCUAUAUUCCGUUCUAUUGCAUGGUCAGAUUAUGUGUGUUGAGUAUACUGGGCCAGUUCUGAAGUAUAGAUGGGGGGGGGAUUGGUGACAUUGUCUUUGUGUGCCAGUUAGCCAUCCCCAUCGUGUGUUAAAUGUAAUGCUUAAGGACGGGACAUUUUGAUGUAAAUAUUUGAAAUCACUUUAUAUUACUGUGUAAUGUAAUUUACUUAUAUAGUUUCCAUUAGACUAUUGUCUAUAUAGAGCCAUUUCUUUCAUCUGUACAUCCACUUCAGUAAAAAAUGUGUCAUUAUAAAGCUUUUCAGAUUCUUUCAUUUCUUCUGUCCAUUUUUGCCAUGGUCUUGCGCAUAUUGGUUUUGUUUACACUUGUGUGUUCUUGUCCUUAACCCCCUGCCUCCACUAAGUCUUGGCCAGAAAAACACUGAUUUGUUUGCAGUGUGGAAGGACAAAAAUAAAUCCCUCGAUGGCGUUGAGAAACGAGGCCUGAAUAA